AUGAAAUUCACGCUGUCAUGGCUGUAUGAGCACCUGGAAACGCAGGCAACUCUGGCCGAAAUCUGCGCUACCCUGAACCGUAUCGGCCUUGAGGUCGAAAGCGUUGAAAACCGUGGCGCGGCCAUUGCGCCGUUUUUGACCGCGCGGAUUGUUGAAGCGGUUCAGCACCCGAAUGCGGAUCGUCUGCGGGUGUGUCAGGUUGAUGCCGGGCCGGGUUUUGAAAACGUGCAGGUUGUCUGCGGUGCGCCGAAUGCGCGUACCGGACUUGCGGUGAUUUUCGCGCCACCGGGCACCUAUGUGCCGGGGCUGGAUAUUACCAUAAAAAAGGGUGCGAUCCGGGGCGAGGCCAGUGGCGGUAUGCUCUGCUCCCUGCGUGAACUGGGGCUGGGCGCUGAAAGCGAUGGCAUAGCCGAGCUGCCUGAAGAUACGCUACCCGGACAGUCUUAUGCCGAUUUUGCCGGGCUGGAUGAGGUGGUGAUUGAUAUCGCCAUUACUCCCAACCGUGGCGAUGCGCUGGGUGUGCGCGGGAUUGCGCGCGAUCUCGCGGCUGCCGGGCUUGGCACAUUGCGGCCUUGGCUGGCCGAGGCGGUGGAGGGGCGUUUCCCCUCGCCGGUGGAGUGGGCCAAUACAUUCCCCGAGGCCUGCCCAUGGGUGUUGGGGCGCACGAUCCGUGGCGUCAAAAAUGGCCCCAGCCCGGAAUGGCUGCGCAACCGGCUGGAAAGCAUCGGCCUGCGGCCUAUUUCAGCGCUGGUCGAUAUUACCAAUUACUUCUGCUUCGAUCUGGGGCGGCCGUUGCAUGUGUUGACGCAGCCCGGAUUACGGGCGGGCGGCUGA